AUGAGUUAUCUACCGCCAAUACCGCCGAGAUUUGGAACUCUAGCAAACCUCGAGGAGAGCGCCUUCAACGUGGUGAACUACUUCUUACAGGAUGAAAGAUUCGAGUACGUCCAGCUAGCUGGCACGCCAGGCGCGCAGGGUGGUGCGCUUCUCUAUAACGAGAGGAAUCUAGAUGGCAGCUUUUUACGACAACUCAUCGUCAAGUACUACAACUCGGAAGAUGACACAAAAGCCGAACAAGAAGCGGAGCAAGAGGCGAAUAUACUCACCCAGCUGAUCGGAGCUGAGCCCGUUGUGCAGCUUGUCGAUAGUGGUGGCACACUUCUCGGAGACCGCUUAGGCUUGGUUCAAGAGUACAUCGGCCAUGGGACUCUCUCAGAUGUCUUCCUCAGAUGUUUGGCCUCAAAUCCAACAGAUGCUCCCUCGCUCGAGGAAGCGCUCGAGAUCUGCCAGGAUGCCGUCCUUAACAAGACAGAAAGAGACUUCACGGAGCUUCCUAACAAAGGUAUUGACGAGACGGACGACAAUGUACGAAGAAUAGUCCAGGAGUUCAUGUUGGAUGGCGAUUUUCAGACUACUACCCGAGAUCACACUGCCAACGAGCUUGCCGAACCUGGACUUGGGGCGUAG